GUGAAGUAUAUCCACAACACGAAAAGGUCCGGGGUACUCUAACACAAAGUCAAAAUGAAUAUCUAAUCGAAAGUAAAAUUGAAAUAGAUGCUAACUCCAAGCCCGUAAACAAAAUGGCGACGUCCAUGUGAACCGUUGCCGCUAUGUGCAUUUUCUAGAGAUAACACUAGUGUAAUUUGUUUGGAAUCAGGAGUGCUGUCACGAUGUAUGCACUAUAUAGGCAGAUACACCCUCCAACAGGAAUUGAACAUUGUGUCUAUGGUCAUUUCUUCAGCAAAGAGGAAAAGAACUUGAUAAUUGCUGGUGCCACUGACUUGCAUGUAUACAGACUCCUCAGUGAUGUGGACGCACAAGGCAAAGGUACAGAUAAAGGGCAAGAGUCUAAGCAAAAGAAGAGUAAGUUGGAACAUUUGAGAUCGUUCAGUUUAUUUGGUAAUAUAAUGUCUCUACAGACUACAAGAUUGGCAGGUGCAUCUAGAGAUGCAUUACUGCUUAGCUUUAAAGAUGCCAAGCUAUCUGUUGUUGAAUAUGAUCCUGGUACACAUGAUUUGAAAACACUCUCAUUACAUUACUUUGAAGAAGAAGCACUAAAGGAGGGCUAUGUUAGUAAUUAUUACAUUCCGCAAGUGGUGGUAGAUCCAGACAAUAGAUGUGCUGUAAUGUUGAUGUAUGGCAGCAAAUUAGUUGUUUUACCAUUCAGACGGGAAGGUGCUGCAGAAGAUCAAGAUGGUGUUCUACCAGGAAGGUAAGUCUUCAGUUUAUGACUUUCCAAAUCAUCAUUUUUACCAAGUUAUAUUAUAAAUCUACAAGACAUUGACCAGAAGUUAAUUAACAUCAUUGACAUCAAGUUUUUACAUGGAUAUUAUGAACCAACACUCUUUAUCUUAUUUGAACCACUUCGAACCUGGCCAGGUCGAGUAGCUGCUAUACCAGUUCCAAAACCAAUAGGUGGUGUAUUGGUUUUUGCUGUAGAUUCUCUGUUAUAUUUGAAUCAGAGUGUGCCUCCAUAUGGUGUAUCAUUGAAUGGAUUGACAGAGGGCAGUACACAGUUUCCACUCAGAUAUCAAGACGUCGUAAAAAUAUCGCUGGAUUGUUCACAAGCUGCUUUUGUUAGUGAUGAUAGGUUGGUUAUCUCACUGAAAGGAGGUGAAAUGAAAAAUAUAUUGAUCUGUGUAUCCAUGAACAAGCAUGGACUUAUAUUCCUUUUUGUUUUCUUCUUUUCAACCUGCCUAUAGGUAUGCAUAAUGGAGAGUGGUUAUUUAUUUCUUGGCUCCAGACUUGGAAAUUCAUUACUGUUGAAAUAUGUUGAGAAAGCACAGGAGUCAACUGAUUCAGUUACCAAUGGAGCAAAGAAAACUGAAGAAGAUGAAGAAACAAAUAAGGAAGAACCACCCAAUAAGAAAAAGCGAACUGAUGAUGCCAGUGACUGGAUCGCAUCGGAUGUUGCAUUAUUAGCUGAAGAUGUAGAUGAAUUAGAAGUAUAUGGAAGUCAAACACAAGCUGGGACCCAGCUAACAUCAUAUACAUUUGAGGUGUGUGACAGUAUUAUGAAUAUUGGACCAUGUACAAAAGCAGUAAUGGGAGAACCAGUAUUUCUAUCUGAGGAGUUUCAGACAAAUCCUGACCCAGACAUGGAAUUGGUGGCACUUUCUGGAUAUUCCAAAAAUGGUGCUCUCUCAGUUUUACAGAGGAGUAUUCGGCCGCAGGUGGUGACCACAUUUGAGUUGCCCGGCUGUAUUGAUAUGUGGACUGUCGUAGGACCACCUGAGAAAGAAAACAAGGACCAACCAAAGGAGAAAACAGAGGAAGAAGGAGAUAAAAAGCCUGAUGCAUUGACGAAUGGGCAUGCAUUUUUGAUACUGAGCAGAGAUGAUUCUAGUAUGAUUCUUUCAACGGGUCAGGAAAUUAUGGAAUUGGAUCAUAGUGGAUUUAGUACCCAAGGGCCGACUGUGUAUGCUGGUAACCUUGGUAACAAUGCUUACAUAUUGCAAGUGUCACCGAUGGGAGUACGUUUGUUAGAAGGAGUGAAUCAGUUGCAGCACAUUCCACUGGAUUUAGGUUCUCCUAUAGUACUGUGUUCAGUUUCUGACCCAUAUGCACUUUUAAUGAGUGAAAAAGGAGAACUAGUGCUACUCACAUUGAAACCUGAUGGUUUUGCUGGGGGACAUAGGCUGGCAAUAAGCAGACCACAAAUACCACAGAUAUCACGAAUACUGACUCUGUGCGCUUAUAAAGACACCAGUGGCAUGUUUACAACAAGCAGCAAAAUGGAAAGUACUAGCGAUGAAACAGAAGAAAAGAAAAUAACCAAACCUUCUGUGGCUGAUAUUUCUAUGACAUCUGAAAUAAGUAAUGUUGACGAUGAAGAUGAAAUGUUAUAUGGUGAAUCAGAUGCUUCAUUAUUUAGCCCUACAAAGAAAGAAGAAAAAUCAAGCUUCCUCCAAACAAGAGAAGUAUUAAGUGAGACAAAGCCUACUUAUUGGUGUGCAAUGUCUAGAGAAAAUGGAGUUCUUGAGAUCUAUAGCUUGCCUGAUUUCAAGCUGGCGUUUUUGGUAAAGAAUUUCCCUAUGGGGUUUAAGGUAAUGGUUGAUAGUUAUCAAAUGACUGCAUCAGCACCAGGAGGAUCCAGUAAAUCUGAUCAGCAGCACGAUAUGAUGCCUAUUGUCAAAGAACUCCUAUUAAUUGGCUUAGGACAUAAAAACAAAAAAACACACCUCUUGGCUCGUGUUGAUGAAGAUCUAUACAUAUAUGAGGCAUUCACACAUGACCAGUCUUCUUUGGAUAACCAUUUAAGACUACGAUUUAGAAAGGUAUUUGUAUGUGGGCCCUAUCCUCAUUGGUUGUUUAUGACAUCACGUGGUGCUCUCAGAUCUCAUCCAAUGCACAUAGAUGGAUCUGUCACAUGUUUUGCACCAUUUCAUAAUAUCAACUGUCCAAAGGGUUUCUUGUAUUUCAACAAGCAUGGAGAGUUACGAAUCUGUGUUCUACCAACCCAUCUGUCCUAUGAUGCCCUUUGGCCUGUGAGGAAAGUCCCUCUUCGUUGCACUCCACAUUUUAUAUCGUAUCACAUUGAAAGUAAAACGUAUGCCGUUGUGACCUCAGUGUCGGAGCCAUGCCUCAGAAUCUGUAAAAUGACUGGUGAUGAUAAAGAAUUUGAGGAUGUUGAGAGAGAUGACAGAUUCAUUUUCCCCACUAUAGAGAAAUUCAGUUUGCAGUUAUUUUCACCUCUAAGUUGGGAAGCCAUUCCUAAUACCAAGAUUGAUACAGAAGAUUGGGAACACAUAACUGGUUUAAAGACUGUCUUCUUGAAAUCUGAAGGUACUGUGAGUGGUCUGAAGGGAUUCAUCGCAGUCAGUACGACUAUUGUGUAUGGGGAAGAGGUGACAUGUCGAGGAAGGAUUCUUAUAUUUGAUGUGAUUGAAGUUGUACCAGAGCCAGGUCAGCCACUGACAAAAAACAAACUAAAGUUGUUAUAUGAUAAAGAGCAGAAAGGACCAGUCACAACACUGUGUGAUAUAGAAGGUUUAUUGGCUGCUGCCAUUGGACAAAAGAUUUUCCUGUGGGCUUUUCGUAACAAUGACUUGAUUGGUGUAGCAUUUAUCGACACACAGAUUCAUAUCCAUACGUUGUGUACCAUAAAGAAUUUCAUCCUUGCGGCUGAUAUCAGAAAGAGUGUUUCUCUUCUGAGAUUUUCUGAUGAGGAUAGGUCACUUUCACUCGUCACCCGCGAAAGUUUUGGUGGACAGAGACUAUUACGGAGAGCUGACUUCAACGCUGGAAGCCAUGUUUGUUCAUUCUUUAGGAUGCGAUCUAAACUGUCAGACCCAGCCACAGAAAAGUUACUGACAGGACCGAUGGAAAGAAGGCACGUUACAAUGUUUGCAACAUUGGAUGGCAGUAUUGGGUAUUUGAUUCCAAUGACUGAAAAGACAUAUCGACGUUUAUUGAUGUUACAGAAUGCUUUGACAACACAAACCCUGCAUACUGCUGGACUCAAUCCUAAAGGCUUUAGAAUGGUAAAGCAUCAAACUAAGUCCUUAGAGAAUACACAUAAGAACAUCUUAGAUGGAGACUUACUGUGGAAAUAUACAUUCCUUAGUGUAAAUGAAAGAACAGAAUUAGCAAAAAAGAUCGGCACAAGUGUAGAACAGAUCCUGGAUGAUUUGAUGGAUGUUGAACGAUUAACAGCACAUUUUUAAAAUACUGCCAAAUAUAUUACUUCGUUAGUUUAUAUGUGAGAGACAAGGGAGGGGAAGGGUUACAUGAUAUAGCUAAAAAGAAAUGUAUAAAGAAGGUGGUGAUGAUGAUGCAUAUAGUGUUAAUCAGUGAACACAUAUUUGUUCUAUUAGGAGUGAAUUAUUAAUCAUAAUGUAUUAAAUGUAUGCCCAAAUUAUUAAAAUGUGACUUGUAUUGACCUUAGAAAUACUGUCAUUUAAGUAAGUGUGGAUACUACUAAUAGAGCAAAUAUGCUAUUGGUUUUCAGUUUCUAUGCUCCACACAGGUAAUGUCAUGAUAUACUCUGUCUGUCUGCCUGUGGCAUGGACUUCUCAGAAAUGAAUUCAGAAAUUUCAUAUCAAAUUUGAUACAUAGAUAUAAAUACAUGAUCUAUAUAGUUUUCAUUGCACAUACAUACCUGUACAAGGCCUUGGAACUGACGAGCAACAAAACUAGGAACAGAUUUGUUUAUGGUCUCAAAUAAUUUGCACACUAAAUAUUAAUUAUGGUCAAUACUUUUACAUCCUAUCUUAGCAAACUUUAUACAUGCAUACUGCUUUUGUAGUUGGGUUGAAAUCAAUCCACACAUAUCAAAGAUUUUUUUUUCAUAUUUCCAAAUAUUUUUGCUGAAUCACAUUGCAUCAUGCAGUUUACAUAAAGGAAUUCAUAUAAAUGUCCAUUCAGUCCUCACGAUAGAAGUGUUUUCAUAUACUAGUAUCUAGCUUACAUUGUAUUGUUUAGAAAUACUUAUUCUAUGUUGUUGCGAGGAUUCUUUUCCAGUUCAGAGGAUUUGCUGCCAAUUUUAUCCUGAAAUGUGUCAGUAUUUGUUUGAAUGUGACAAAACCAAUUUCAUUAAAUAUUGGAGACACUAAACAUGAAAGGGAUGAUGUUCACCUGGAGGGGGGGGGGCAUUGAAAAUCAUUAAAUACACAAUGUUGAUGAUGCUGAUUCUGCACACCCCGCUGUAGGAGGUUUAUAUCUGGGACUGCACACCCAUUGUGAUCAUACAACAUUGUUUUGAACUCUGCUUUGAUUCAUCAUGUUCAACCUAGGAAGUACAAAAUUCAUCAGUUUAAAAGUGUUAAAAGUUUACUUGAACUUGGUGGGAACAUGAUAUGACUUCACAUAUUGAGUUAGAAGAGAAGGGGUAUAAAACAAACUAAUUAGAUGAGGAAUGCAUCACAGGACUUUAAAUUUGUCACAUUAAAACAUUCUCACUACCAGAGCCUUUAUUUUCACUUCAAGCAUGUAAGUGUGUGUACUUUAAAUAACACUGUGUAUGAUUUAGUGAACUCAAUGAGGUCUUAAAAUGCAGUAAGCUUUGUACAAACAUAAAAAAAUUCUCAGAAAUUCUCGACUAUGGACACAAAUUUUGACCUUGAUAUCUUGCAAUAUGGCACAAACUACUUUAUACGUGAAAGGAGACAAAUAAAAUAUAUCUGAUAAUAUGAGGUUAUUACGAGGAUACCUCAAUGUAUGCAUGUAGACAGUACAGCGGCAGUAUCGACUGACGCGCAGCGGAGGUCGAUGUGAGGGCGUACUGUCUUCGUGCAUACUUUGAGGUAUUCUCGUAAUAGCCUUAUUAUUAUACAUCUUUUCCUUCCAAGGAAACAUCAUUGGAAUGCCAAAAUCCAAAAAUGUUUAGAACAGAAUCAGCACACUUCUUUGUGUGGAGUCCGGUCAACCCUCAAUGGCAGCCAUGUUUGUUUUUAUUAUUAGAGAACGCGUAAUAAUUCCAUAUUAGGAAUUCACAUUUCCUUAUAUAGUAGGAUGAAAAUACCCGUAAAAUAAAUAUCACAAAAUUACGACACACUGUAACUUAUGGCGUUACGGUGACAGAUGUAUAAUAAUACAGUAUAGUCAUAGAGAAUUUUGUGAAAACUCAUCUCUAGUAUUAAUAUUUUCAUGAAUUGCUGGAAAAUACAAUUGUGCACAUUUUUUGUUCUUCAUACUGACACUGUUAUUUGCUUUGUGAGAUUAUGAGAUACCUUACAAAAGAACUGCAGACAUUUUUAUUUGUGAUGUAAACAAAUAUUUCUUAAAUCACUUGAAUAAACAGUGACUCUGCAUGUGCAGUCCUUUU